CAGAGUAAACUGCUGCUCCACUGACUGCUUUGGAUUCAGCGUUGAGUAGCAGCAGUGCGUCUUCCUUGUCCUCCACGCACAGGAUAGAACAAAAUGAAGAAAGAAUAUUCUCUGGAGAACAAUAACACUCGAGGAGUCUCAUUUGCCGACGAUGGUAUCCAAUGGAGAACCGGAUCUGAGGUCUUCAAUCCAGAUGAUGUUUAUGUGCAUGAAUAUGAAGCGCAUCGCCCUUCCUCAUUCAGGAAAUACCAACAGAGCUUGCAGACUCUUAAGCCCUUCCGUUUUUCCUCACCACAGUCUCACCCUGUGGACAAUGCAGGUUUCCUUUCCUUCUCUACUUUUGCCUGGAUGACCCCCAUGAUGUGGUCCAUUUUCAGGAAUAAGCUGGACAUCUCAAAUCUACACCUGUCUCCUUUUGAUGUAGCUGACACUAGUGGAGAAAGGUUUCAGAGACUCUGGGAUGAAGAAGUGGCAAAGAAGGGCCUGGACAAAGCCUCAUUGGUUCGUGUGACCUUUCGCUUUCAACAAACCAGGCUGAUUCUCUCUAUCGUUGCUGGAAUUAUGGCCAUGAUUUCAAUAUUUCUGGGUCCGGCUGUUCUGGUCAGUAAGAUCUUGAAUUACAUUGAAACCCCAGAGGAGUCCACAGUGUCCUACGGUGUUGGUUUGUGCAUCGGUUUGUUCACCACAGAGUUCUUCAAAGCUUUCUUCAUAUCCUUGCUGUGGGCAUUGAACCUGCGCACAGGAGUCAGACUGAAAGGAGCUUUCUCUUCACUGGCCUUUCAGAAAGUCAUAUCUCUGCGGGUGCACAGUGGUAUUUCAAUGGGAGAGAUGAUUAAUGUUUUGACCAACGAUGGCCACAGACUGUUUGAGGCUGUGCUGUUUGGGAGCUUACUGCUGUCCAUCCCUGUGCUCUUCACUAUGUGUACUAUCUAUGUCUGCUACAUACUGGGCUACACCGCACUGACUGGAAUCUUCACAUACAUCAUCUUUUUCCCCAUACAGUUUUCCUUGGCCAGGCUCAUAAGCAAAUUCAGAUGGAAGUCCAUAUUGAUAACCGACAGCAGAGUUCGCACAGUGCAUGAGAUACUUACCAGCAUAAAACUCAUCAAGAUGUAUGCAUGGGAAGAUUCUUUUGAGAAGAAAAUUGCAGGCUUCAGGAAAAAUGAAAAGAAAUAUUUAGAGAAGGUCAGUUAUGUCCAGAAUGCUAAUACCAGCAUCACCACCAUCAUCUCCACCCUUGCCACUGUUCUCACCCUUCUGGUUCACACUUUGCUGGGGUUAAAGCUCAGUUCUUCUGAUGCUUUUACCACAAUUUCCAUUUUCAACUCCAUGAGGUUCUGCCUCGGUAUCCUGCCCAUGGGUGUGAAGGCCACGGCUGAAGCUUUUGUAGCACUAAGACGAUUAAAGAAAGUAUUGCUGAUCCAGAAUCCUGAGUCCUACCUGAAGCAAAAGGCAGACAGCGCAUCAGCUAUAGUGAUGAGAAAUGCUACAUUUUCAUGGACCAGACCUGAAAACCCAUCUGGCCUCCCACCCGGCACAGCCAAUGGGGUGUCAGAACACAGGACAGAUGAGACUGAAGCCUUACUAACACUGAGAAACAUCUCCUUCACACUGCCGAAGGGCAAACUGCUCGGUGUCUGUGGGAAUGUGGGAAGUGGAAAGACAUCACUGAUUUCCAGCAUUUUGGAACAGAUGCAUCUUCUUCGGGGCUCCGUCACAGCUGAUGGGACAUUUGCCUACGUUUCCCAGCAGGCCUGGAUUUUUCACGGAACCGUUCAAGAAAAUAUCCUCAUGGGAGAACAUUUUGACAAAGCCAAAUAUGACAGAGUUGUGGACGUCUGUAGCCUCAGAGAUGACCUGAAGAUUCUGCCAUACGGUGAUCAAACUGAGAUUGGAGAGCGGGGGCUGAAUCUGUCAGGGGGACAGAAGCAGAGGAUCAGCCUGGCCAGAGCCGUCUACUCCAACAAGGACAUCUUCCUCCUUGAUGAUCCCCUGUCUGCUGUUGAUGCGCAUGUGGGGAAACAUAUUUUUGAAGAAUGCAUAAAGAAGGCACUGCAAACAAAAUCAGUCAUACUGGUUACACACCAGCUCCAGUAUUUGGAGUUCUGUGACGACAUCCUGGUUCUGGAGGACGGGGAGAUCAGGGAGGCUGGAAACCACCAAACCUUGAUGAAAGCUAACGGACGCUACGCUCAACUCAUCACCAACUACCAGAUGGAACAGUCCGAAAAUGAGGAAGAGGAGGAUGAGGAGGAUGUGUCAUCCAAAGAUGCCGCCGAGCUGAACGAGGCUGAGCUCAGACAUCGGACCGACAGCGGGAUAGAAAACCCCGCAUUCGACAUGUCAGAUGAAAAGGAUCAUGCAACAGCAGCUAACCAAAAUCCUCCUGUUAAGGCUGGUGAUCAGCUGGUCAGUCAAGAGUCCUCAGCAGAAGGUGCUGUCUCCUUAAGAACCUACCACCAAUACUGUCAAGCAGCUGGAGGCUACAUUUUGGUCUUCCUCACUGUCCUGAACAUUGUCCUCAUGAUUGGCUCAUCAGCCUUCAGUAGCUGGUGGCUCAGCUUCUGGCUUGGACAGGGUAAUGGGUCGUCGACUGAGCAAAGUUCAGAUCCGGGUGACAUCUCAGAAAAUCCACGACUGCACUUCUACCAAACGAUUUACGGUGUUGCGCUGCUUGUCAUGGUCAUACUUGCUGUCAUCAAAUGUUUCUUUUACACUUAUGUCACCCUGAGGGCUUCCUGCAAACUCCAUGACACAAUGUUCAAGAAGAUUAUUGCCAGUCCAAUGAGUUUUUUUGACACGACUCCAACAGGCCGAAUUCUGAACCGUUUCUCUAAAGACCAAGAGGAGGUGGACACUGUGCUUCCUCUUCACAUGGAUCCUUUCCUGCAAUUUUGUCUGCUCGUCACAUUCACACUUAUCAUCAUCGCAGGCGUCUUCCCCGCCAUGCUUGCAGCUGUGGUUAUUAUUGGAGUUUUGUUUGGCCUCAUUCUCUUUGUAUUCCAAAGGAGUAUUCGUCACAUGAAGAAGAUGGAAAAUAUCAGCCGUUCUCCCUGUAUCUCACUGACAUCCUCUACCCUGCAGGGCCUCAGCACCAUCCAUGCCUACAACACAGUAGACAGUCACAUACAAAUGUUCAAGUACCUGAAUGACAUCAACUCCAAUCACUAUUUACUGUUUCAUUCUGGCACACGGUGGCUUUCUUUCUGGCUGGACUUCAUGGCUGCUACUAUGACCCUGCUGGUGUCUCUGUUUGUAGUGCUCAGCAGUAACGACUUAAUUAGUCCAUCCUUGAAAGGCCUGGCCAUGUCCUACACCAUACAGUUGACAGGCAUGCUUCAGUAUGUAGUAAGAGAGUCAACAGAAGUGGAGGCAAGGUUCAACUCGGUGGAGCGACUGCAGGAAUACCUCACGGAUUGUAAGCCAGAGGCUCCCAGGCACAUUAAGGAGGCUCAGAUCCCAGAGGACUGGCCUGGCAGUGGGGCCAUCACCUUUAAAGACUAUAAGAUGAGGUACAGAGAGAAUACACCUAUUGUCCUGAAUGGGCUUGACUUCCACAUCCAAGCUGGAGAGAAGCUGGGCAUUGUGGGAAGGACAGGCUCUGGGAAAUCCUCUUUAGGAGUUGCUCUAUUCAGACUAGUGGAGCCUGCAGCGGGAACCAUACUGAUAGAUGGAGUGGACAUUAUGGCCAUUGGCCUGCAAGACCUGCGCAGCAAAUUGUCUGUGAUCCCUCAGGAUCCUGUGCUGUUCAUCGGCACAGUCAGGUACAACCUGGACCCUUUUAAUAACUACACUGAUGAGGAGAUCUGGAGAGCGCUGGAGAAGACCUACAUGAAAGACUCAAUCUCCAAGCUGGAGGAACAGCUACAGGCACCAGUGUUGGAGAAUGGAGAGAACUUCUCUGUUGGUGAGAGACAGCUGAUGUGCAUGGCUAGGGCUCUACUCCGUAACUCCAAGAUCAUUAUUUUGGAUGAAGCCACAGCAUCCAUUGAUUCAGAGACAGACGCUCUAAUCCAAAACACCAUCAAAGAGGCAUUCCAAGACUGCACCAUGCUUACCAUAGCACACCGCAUCAACACUGUCGUGCAUGCAGAUCGCAUUCUGGUCAUGGACAACGGGCAGGUGGCAGAGUUAGACCAUCCAGAUGUGCUGAAGCAAAGGCCAGACUCUCUGUUCUCAUCGCUCCUGACUGCUGCCAGUACAAUAAACUCGUGAACCAAAGGGGACCUACAAUAGCACUGUGGAUACAUAAUAGUAUAUAACAGUUACCCAUUUACACAGCCUUAUCCAAAUCUGCACUGUGGUACUGUAAUCUUCUGUGGUGCGUUUAUAUGACGUGUAGCUGAGCAGCAGAGAUGAAAACUGCUAACAGUGCAGGAAAGAAAAUAAUAUAGUUUUUAUAUUUAUGUAUUUAUCGCUCCUGUUUGCUGACACAAAUUAAUGAGCACUGUACUUAAAUGAGUUUCCCUUCACAGCUCAUGACAUGUUAUAGUUUAGGUCCAUCGUGUCUGUUUGCUCCCACUAAAUGUUUUAAUAUACACAACAUUUGCAAA